GGCUUACUUCACGUAUUAUAGGUUAGAUGUAGCGUGACAGCUUAAAGUUAGGAUUAGGUUAGAUACACAUAAAUAUACAUAUCCGAUAUUCGAAAUUCAACAGCGAGUGUUAAAAAUAAUAAAAAUCGCAAGAUCGAGAUGAUCAAUUGGAGAAUGAGACUUGCAGUCAGCCGUUCCAAACUCAGCGGAUCGACUGUCGAAGUCCGAGUGAUACGUCAGCUGUUCGUCAGCUGAUCAGCAUAACAAAUACAUCAUUGUCAGUGAUUACUGGCAUUUUAGGACGUGAUUACUUGCGGUUUCGUGAUCACGUGUAUUAUUACACAGGAAAGCUCAUGCAUAACAUCAUGAAGUCGUUUCGCGAGGUACUUUCGAACGCGAAUAACAUCCUAAUCUUAACCGGUAGCGGUAUCUCCGCGGAAUCCGGUGUGCCAACUUUCCGCGGUGCCGGCGGAUUUUGGCGCAGAUAUCAAGCGCCAAAUCUCGCCACGCCGGAAGCCUUCGCGGCGAACCCGUCGUUGGUUUGGGAAUUCUACGAGUAUCGCAGACAAUUAGUCAGCAAAGUUAAACCAAACAAGGCGCAUAUAGCCGUGGCGGAAUUUCAGAAGCGCAAAGCAGCGGAGGGAAAGAAAGUGUCGAUCGUGACACAGAAUAUCGAUGGGCUGCAUCAAAAAGGUGGAGCAAAAGAUGUGGUGGAGCUGCACGGUUCCCUCUACAGGACACGCUGCACCAAGUGCCACAAUAUCUCUAUCAAUGAAAAUAUUCCCAUCUGCUCAUCGUUGGAAGGGAAAGGAUCGCCUGACCCGGGUAUUAUGUCUUCUGACAUACCAGUAGAAGAAUUGCCACGUUGCGAAGUCACGAAUUGCAGCGCACUGCUGCGACCCGAUAUCGUCUGGUUUGGGGAAAAUCUAAAUGAAAAUGUACUGCAGAAAGCUUUUGACCUUGUUGAGACUUGUGAUGCUUGCCUGGUAAUUGGAACCUCGGCAAUAGUUUACCCGGCCGCAAUGUUCGCGCCGCAAGUGGCACAACGUAACGUACCAGUCGCAGAGUUCAAUAUAGAAGAAACACCGGCCACGAAGCAAGUUCAAUAUCACUUUCAAGGCCCUUGUACUACUACUAUAACAGAAGCUUUGGCUCCGUGAAAAACACAAAUAUACAAUAUUCCAGCUUAGUAGCUAAGUUCUUUUAAUGUCAAAUACUACUUACUUCACAGUAGCACACUUCCGUAUUCAGUCCGAGUCGAUUCAAAUAUUGCAACCAUAACUUUUGUUUAGUGGAGAGUGAAUCACCAGGACCUUUCACUUCUACAAUUUUAUACUGAAAGGAAACGAAGUAUAUGAAAUUACAAUUAAAUACAUUUAUUAUAUAACAUAAUGUAACUUGAUUUAUAUAAUAAUCUAUUUGAUCUCUUCUCGAAUUGUAAAUAAAGAAAUAGAUUUACCUGUUUA